GAAAAGUACGCAGCGUAUUAAUUUGACACAUACGUCAUUUUGUUCGUCUGACAUAGAACUACAGGGUUGGGCAGAAAAACCUGACACAUUUUAAAAAAUCGUUAUUCCCCUCCAAGUGAAAAGAGGGCGCUGUAACUCCGGGAGCGAAAAAUAGAUAGUUGAAGGUUUAUGUUUACAUAUCAGUACAGUUCCAGUAUGGAGAAGUGGCCGCCGCAACAACGCGCGUUCGUUUGCGAGCGUUUUUUCAUAACUCAGUCCUACGUUCAAGCAAUUCGCGAUUUUCGUAUUGAAUAUUCUCUUCGUCCACGAGAUCCGGUUCCCUCUCGUAAUUCUGUGAAUCUGUGGGUCAAAAACUUCCGACAAACAGCCACAGCCACGAAACAAAAGCCUCCAGGGCAACCAAGAACGGUAAGAAUCCCUGAAAAUGAGACACGCGUUCGCACCUCUUUGCAACGAAGUCCACGCCGUUCUGCCGGUAAACAUGCUCAAGCUCUCGGAAUGUCUCGUCGAUCGUUUAGCAGAAUAUUGAAAGCGAUGAAUUUUCAUCCCUACAAAAUUCUCAUAACCCAGGAAUUGAAAUAUACCGACUAUGCAGCUCGAUUAAGAUUCGCAGAAAAAAUGAAGGAGUUGUUGGACAACGAAGAAAUUGACCAGUGGGGAAUAGUGGGGCCUUACUUCUUUCAAAGAACGAUCAACACGGAGCGCUAUCUGGAGAUGUUAAAAACGUUCUUAAUACCGGAGUUGAAGAAGAAACGCAAGUUUCGUCGCACCUUCUUCCAACAAGAUGGCGUCACGUGCCAUACGGCGAAAAAGACGUUGGAUUUCCUACGUGAAGAAUUCGGCACCCGUCUGCUGUCUCGCAACACUGAGUUUCCAUGGCCACCACGUUCGCCCGAUCUCUCAGUGUGCGACUUCUUUUUGUGGGGCUAUUUGAAGCAACGUAUCUACGCUAACAAACCUCGAACCUUGGACCAGCUGAGAGCCAAUAUUCGGAGAGAAAUUGCAGAAAUAAAGCCAGCGAUGUUGAAAAAAGUGUAUGAUAAUUUCGAAAAACGCCUCGAAAAUUGUAUUGCUUGUAACGGCCAUCAUUUAGCCGAUAUAAUUUUUGGUAAAUAAACAAAAAAAACCUUCAAGUGUCUAGUUUAUUCUCCCGGAGUUUCAACCUCUUCCGAUUAAUAGCGGCCGCGCAAGUGGUUAUUAAAAUGUGUCAGGUUCCUCUGCCCAACCCUGUACAAACACACACAAGUUGAGUCCGCCAAAAACUAGCGUCUUUGUUUUAUUGUUCAGUGAUCAUGUCGAGUUUUGUGCCUGAAAAACAACAUUUGCGGCACGCAUUGCUUUUUUUAUUUAAUCAAAAGAAAAAGGCUGUUGAAAGUCAUCGUUUGCUGGUAGAAACAUAUGAUGAACAUGCUCCAUCGAUAGAACAUGUGAGACAUGGUUUCGACAAUUUAAAAGUGGUGAUUUCAAUGUGAAAGACAAUGAGCGCUCUGGUAGAUCACAAAAAUGCGAAGACGAGCAAUUGCAGGAAUUAUUGGAUGAUGACCCAACUCA